AUGAUCCACAACAUAGCAUUCAAAGAAGAAAUUAAGAACAAGAUGGAGGGGAUAGUGCACAAGACGAUAAGUGUGAAUGGGCUCGACAUGCACAUAGCAGAGAAGGGUGAAGGUCCAUUAGUCUUGUUCGUCCAUGGCUUUCCUGAGCUUUGGUACUCCUGGCGUCACCAGAUUGUGUAUUUGGCUGAUCAUGGUUACCGAGCUGUGGCACCAGACCUUCGUGGCUAUGGCGACACAACAGGUGCACCAGUGAAUGACCCCACCAAGUUCACCAUCUAUCAUCUGGUAGGUGACUUGGUUGGGCUUAUUGAUGCGAUCACCAGUGAAGGUGAAAAGGUGUUUGUUGUUGGUCAUGAUUGGGGUGCCGUCGUUACUUGGCACUUGUGCAUGUUUAGGCCGGAUAAAGUCAAAGCUUUGGUGAACCUGAGCGUGCCCUUUCUUCCCUGGAACCCAAUGGGAGACAUGAUCAAGAUGAUGAUAGCCGCAUAUGGGGAGGAUCAUUACAUGGUCAGGUUUCAGGUACCUGGAGAAAUUGAAGCCGAGUUAGCUGUAAUGGAUACUAAAACUGUUGUGAAAAAGUUGUUGACAUUUCGAGAACCAGGACCAAUUUAUAUUCCUAAAGGUAAAGGAUUUAAGCAUUCCCCUAUCGAUGCCCCAGUUACCUUGCCACCUUGGUUGUCAGAAGAAGAUGUUGAAUACUUUGCUAGCAAACUCGAGAAGACGGGUUUUUCUGGUGGAGUUAAUUACUAUCGAGUCCUUCCUUUGAACUGGGAACUCAGUGCAUCAUGGAGUGGUGCCAAAGUGACAGUCCCCUCAAAAUUCAUCACCGGAGACCAAGACUUGGUGUAUCACAUGCCUGGGGUUAAGGACUAUAUACAUAAUGGUGGGUUUCAGAAGGAUGUUCCUUUGUUGGAGGAGGUGGUGGUGAUGGAAGGUGCAGCCCAUUUUAUCAACCAAGAGAAGCCUGAUGAGAUUAACAAACACAUAAUUGAGUUUUUGCAGAAAUUCUGA